CGAAUUUAUAAUACAUUCAUGAAGAAAUUAUUUCUUAUAAAUCUUUUUUAUUUGAGUUUUUCUUUUCUUUUCCAACGAUGAAAAAAUAUAUUAUCAUUAACUGAGGAAACUAAAUCCUUUUUUUAUUCGAACAACCUAUACAAUUUACAUGACUUGAAAAGCAAACAGACUUGCAACCUAAGAUAGCACAUCAAGAUGGAUCUUUUGACUCUUGUAUGUAUCAUAGUUUGCUUCUAGUCAAUUUUUAAGACACGCAAUUUCCGGGGCCUGAAAUACUGCUUAUGGUUACACGUAACCAGUUUCUUUCUUACAAUUAUUGGAAGGCUCAAGUGGAUUGCAUAUUCAAGAUUUUGGACUUAGUGUCUUCUUAUCUGGGGUGCCACCAAUAUUUGGCCAGUUUGCACUGCUUCUUCUCUUUUUUCUUGCCUUUGUUGGUUGUUUAUCAAGUUUAUGGGCUGAAAUUCUCAUCAGGUUGCUGCAGUUCUUGGAUAGACAAUUGAGAAGAGAUAUAGAAUCUGGUUCCUUAUUCAGAGAUAGAGAAAAAUUUUCUAGCAUUGACAAUUGGGAAGAGAAAUAUUACAAGGGCCCCAGGAGGUAUCAUCAGUUAGGAAGAGAUCUAGUCACGCAUUGCAUAUUUCGGAUCAUGAUAUGGGCGUAUGGCAACUUCUGCUGCUGAGUUAAGAGGCUCCCAUUUCAGAAAAGCUGCAACCCCUAACACUGGAAAUCUGGGAAAACAAUCAACUAGUAACAUGCAAGACCUUCUUGACUGUCCUGUUUGCUUCACUAUGAUGUACCCUCCAAUUUUCCAGUGUCCAAAUGGCCACACUCUAUGCUCACAAUGCAGGGCCAGAGUAAAGAACUCUUGCCCAAUUUGCCGAGGAGAGCUAGGAAAUAUAAGGUGCUUGGCUCUGGAAAAAAUUGCUGAGUCAAUAGAACUUCCUUGCAUGUACCAAAGUGCGGGAUGUGGUGACAUAUUUCCCUACUACAGCAAGCCAAAACAUGAAGAGAACUGCAAAUAUCGUCCAUACAACUGCCCUUAUGCUGGAGCUGAAUGUUCUGUCACUGGUGACAUUUCACUUCUCAUCAAGCAUCUUAAGAAUGAUCAUAAGGUUGAUAUGCAUGAUGGAUGCACCUUCAAUCACAGAUAUGUCAAGUCUGAUGCCGGAGAAAUCGACAAUGCCACAUGGAUGUUAACUGUUUUUAAUUGUUUUGGCCGACAGUUUUGCUUGCACUUUGAGACUUUUUUUAUAGGAAUGUCACCUGUUUACAUGGCCUUCCUAAGAUUCAUGGGCACCGAAGACGAGGCAAGGGAAUUCAGUUAUAGUAUUGAAGUUGGUGGUAAUGGAAGAAAGCUUACAUGGCAAGGAGUUCCCAGAAGUAUAAGGGAUAGCCAUCAGAAAGUUAGAGACAGCCAAGAUGGACUGAUCAUUCAGAGAAACUUGGCACUUUUCUUCUCCGGAGGGGAUCGGCAGGAGUUAAAACUGAAAGUUUCAGGACGGAUUUGGAAAGAACAGUGAGUUAUAGCAUAGAAACUUAAUGUACUUGGGAAAUAAAUGGAAGAUAGGAAAUUUAUAUGCACUGUAAAUGAGUAGCAUAAGUUGCUCACAUUUCAAGAGAAUUGAGUUUAUCUAUAUUGACAGGUUCAAGUGGGUGGCUAACUUCUGAAAUGGAAUUCAUGUUAGUUUUUUCAUUC